CCUUGUCUCUCCUGUAUUGCUCUGGCCCAGCGCGCUCAUAUUUUUUCCCUCGGCCGAAAAGUGGGGACGACGCGACCGUGGUGGGGACCAAUACUUGGUGGGGGUAUGCAGUGAUUUUCAAGAUUUGUAGGCUUAUUUUGGCUAUACAUCUCGUCAAGUUGGCAACGUGGAUAGUAGCGCCAAGCCAAGUGUGACGUAGACGAACGCGGCGCUGAAUCUUUACCAUUUGAGUUUGGAUGCCAGGCUUAAACAGUACCACGUGCGAUUCUUUUGUUCUGUUCGAUAUUGUUAUUGUUACUGGUUAUUUUGUUAUUUUCGUUAUUGUUAUUUAUUGUUGUUUUUGUUUUUAUUACUUUUCGUGAGUGCGAAAUGGCUGAAUCAUUAGGAAAAGUUGAUGCAUAAAACAGAAGAGCAUUUUUUACAAGUGGCGGCUUCAUUUAUUUUGGCUCAGAAAUGUGGGAAAUAUUGCGAGAUUCGUAGACAAAGGACACGUGAUUCACAAUGUCUCGGAAGAACUCUUUGCCUACAUUGUCCGCAAUCCAGGGAUGGUGUACAGUGUGAACAUUUGUGAAAAUUGUGCAAUUGUGCACAAUUCGUACCCAUCCCGAAUCGGGUUCUUCAUAUUAUAUAGAUUUCGCACAUAUGUAAUACACGAAGUUUUAAAAAAUUGAAAUGGUCAUACGGAAUUGUUAUACAAAUCUGUGAAAGCAUAAGGAACGGAAAUAUAUGGAAGUUCGCAUGCAGUAAUGAAAAAUAAAUUCAUUAGAAAUAAAUUAUUGCACUUUAAUAAUUUAUAUUAUUAAUGUGUGAAAAACAGGUCAUGAGAGCAGCGACAGCAGCACCAAUGUCAUGAAACCACCUCCUUCGAAGAAGAUGGCAUGGACAAAACGAUUCUGCGAUUCGUGGCUAGCAGAACCCGAUUUUUCUUUAUGGCUGCAGAAAUGCGAGGGCAACCCGUUUAAGGCCUUCUGUACUUACUGCCAAAAAGAACUGAAGUGCGGGAAAUCAGAGCUGAGGAAGCACGCCAGAGGUCAAUCGCACAUUACUAUGUUAAGUAAAAGAAAAAGCUUCACGGACACAGACAGCGCAGCGUGGCUGGCUACUGCAUCCCUAAAUGACCGUGUAAAAAGAGCAGAGAUCAUGUAUGUUCUCAAUAUCAUCGAACAUAGCAGAAGCUUUCGCUCGUAUAACCACCACAUGAAAAUGGAGCAGAGGGCUGUGGAUUCAAUCGAAGUUUUAAAGAAGAUGACAUUGAAAAGUACAAAAAUUGCAGCCAUCACGAAGAACGUGAUCAAUGAAACCAUCGUGAGGAAUGUCAGUGAAAUAUUGAGGAAUACAUUGUUUUCAAUUUUAGUAGAUGAAAGCACCGACGUGUCAGGGUACAAAAAUUUAUGCAUCCUGGCGAGAUACACAUAUGAAGGGGCAAUCCACACAUAUUUACUGGAGUACGUACGAUUGAGAGAAGCAAAUGCCGAGUAUUUAUACGAUUGCUUUAAAUACUCAAUGAAACAAUACGACAUUCCAGUCAGGAACGUCAUUGGCAUUUCUGUUGACAAUGCAAGUGUAAUGGUCGGGAAACAUAAUUCAUUCGUUUCUCGGCUGCUGGAAGAAAACGAUUCAGAAGUUGUCGUUUUACCAUGCAUAUGCCACUCCAUUCACCUGGCAGCGUGCAAUGCAUGUGGGAAGUUACCGAAGCACGUGGAACACUUGUUAUUUUCAUUGUACAGGUACUUCACUACAAGCCCUAAAAGACAGCAAAGUUUGGAAGACAUUCAGGAGGUAAUGCACAUUGCAAAACAGAAGCUCCGUCAACCAUCGAGAACAAGGUGGCUGGCACUAUCACAAUGUGUCGAUAGAGUUCUCAAGCAAUGGAAUGCUCUGUAA